AUGAUUGGUGAAUCGUUUACCAACUCCAAACGUAGAUUGGAAUGUUUGGAGCGCAAGUUAGACAAAAAUCCCAUCCUGAAGGAAAGAUAUCAUGCAUUCAUUUCCGAGUUUAUUGAAUUGGGGCACAUGCGAAAGAUAUCCGUGGAUGAACCAGAACCAUCCACAGUUUGUUACAUUCCUCACCACGCCGUUCAGAAGGAGUCUAGCACAACUACGAAAGUGCGGAGCGUAUUUGACGCUUCUGCAAAAACCAGCUCUGGCUUCUCGUUGAACGACUCCCUGCUUGUUGGACCCGUCAUCCAAGACGAGCUUUUGGAUAUUGUCAUCCGAUUCCGAAGACACAAGGUGGUUCUGUUGGCCGACAUUGAGAAAAUGUACCGGCAGGUUGAAAUUCAUCCCGACGAUCGUGCCCUGCAACGUGUGUUAUGGCGUUUCAACAAAUCUGAUCCGAUAACUAAAUAUGAGAUGACCACUGUAACCUACGGAUUAUCCCCAUCCUCGUUCCUCGCCACACGAACACUGCAUAAACUAGCCGAAGAUGAAGGUGAAUUAUUUCCCCUUGCUUCAUCAGCAUUGAAGCAAGAUUUCUAUAUGGAUGAUUUUAUACGAAGCGAAGAAGAAAUAUCGUCGGCAACGAAACUGCGGAAGGAGAUGGACGAACUGCUCAACCGUGGGUGCUUUCAUCUAAGAAAAUGGUGCUCGAAUUUCCCGGAGGUGUUAGAAGGAGUUCUACCUGAAAAUUUGGCCAACCCAACUACCAAAACUUUUGAUCCAGAGGAAGCGGUAAAGGCAUUAGGGAUAACUUGGGAGCCGGCCUCCGAUCAAUUUCGUUUCGAUGUUAAACCCUUCGCUAUGGAUGAUGGACCCACUACCAAAAGCAGAAUUCUAUCUGUAAUUGCUCAACUUUACGACCCCUUGGGACUGAUUGCACCCGUCGUAGUCCGCGCUAAAAUAUUGAUGCAGCUCCUUUGGACAAUCCCGAUCGAUUGGAAUGACGAAGUACCUUUAGAAAUCCGAACUGUCUGGCAGCAUUUUGUGGAGGAGCUGACGCUGCUAUCUAAUUUUCACAUUAGUAGGUUUGCCUUUGACGUGGGGGAAGUGCAACUGCAUUGCUUCUCGGAUGCAUCUGAAUCAGCGUAUGGGACCUGCAUCUACGCCCGGACAGCAAAAACCAACGGUGCAGUGAAGGUGAUGUUAAUUACUUCCAAAUCGCGCGUGGCUCCACUGAAGAAACGCAGCAUUCCUAGGCUGGAGCUGUGCGCUGCUCAAUUAGGAGCAAGGUUGACAUCGAGAGUUAUAACAGCACUGAAACUAAAAUCCGUAGCUACCUUCUAUUGGACCGACUCGACAGUGGUGGUACACUGGCUACGUUCACCACCACAAACCUGGAAAACAUUUGUGUCGAAUCGAAUUGCAGACAUUCAAACCCUAACCAACAGUUCUUCAUGGCUUCACGUACCCGGAGUAGACAACCCAGCUGAUUUAGUCUCUCGUGGAAUGACCGUUCCACAAUUUUUGUGCAGCAAGAAGUGGAUACAUGGACCCGACUGGUUGGGAGGGGAGGAGAAAAAUUGGCCGACACGAAACACCGCCGAGGCUGCACUACCUGAUGUGGAGAAUGAGCGCAAAUCAACCACAUUUUUGAUCCAAAGCCCAUCAGCACCCAAUCCGUUGUUCAACCGUUCAUCUACGUAUAAUCGCCUUUUACGAUCCACCGCUUAUUGUUUACGUUUUAUUCGCAAUGCAAUGAAGGGACAAAGAAAUCCAUCCAUUACGCUUGCACCGAAAGAGAUAGAGGCAGCCAGAGAUUGUUUGGUGAAAGUUGUUCAGGCCGAAUGUUUCAAGGCAGAACUAUUGCUGCUUCAAAAAGGGAAACCGGUUGCUAGAAGCUCGAGUCUAAAACUACUCAAUCCAUUUGUGGACUCAUCCGGUAUAAUACGAGUUGGUGGCCGGUUGAAAUUAUCAACAGAGUCGUAUACUACCAAACACCAAAUACUGCUACCAGGCUUCCACAGAUUCACCCGAUUGUUAUUACUGUCUUAUCAUCGUAAAUUAAUACAUGGGGGAAUUUCGCUUACGCUUGGCGUAGUGCGCAAUGAAUAUUGGCCUACUAAUGGCAGAAGGGCAGUGCGUAGCGUAAUCCGAACGUGCUAUAGAUGUACGCGUGCGAGUCCUCGCACACUGCAACAACCCGCUGGACAGCUUCCCCUUGCUAGAGUAUCCCCUAGUCGCCCGUUCGCAUCCACUGGGAUCGACUAUUGUGGUCCCGUGUUUGUUAAAUCCAUUUUUCGGAAAUCUGCUCCCACAAAGGCUUAUAUUGCUUUAUUCGUAUGCUUCAGUAUAAAAGCAGUGCACAUAGAGCUGGUAGGAGACUUGUCUACGAAUUCGUUCCUCUCUGCUCUCCAACGUUUCAUUGGAAGACGCGGUAAACCCAGCCAUAUCUACUCAGACAACGCCACAAAUUUUGUCGGAGCAAAAAAUGAACUCCACGCCCUGUACCGAAUGCUCUCCAAUACCAACGAAGUCAAUCGUAUUUCUACCUCUCUCGCAAAUGAAGGCAUACAGUGGCACACGAUACCUCCUCGUGCCCCUAAUUUCGGAGGCCUCUGGGAGGCCGGUGUCAAGGUAGCGAAAAAACAUUUGCUUCGUCAGUUAGGCAGUACCUCUCUACUGUACGAGGAUCUUGUGACGAUACUGGUGCAAAUUGAAGGAGCGAUGAAUUCAAGACCGCUGGCUCCGUUAUCAGAAGAUCCUAACGACAUUCAAGCCAUCACUCCGAAUCAUUUUUUGAUUGGCUCGCCCCUGCAAGCCUUGCCACAUCCAGAUAUGACGACUCAGAAGCAACAGCUGUUCUGGUACCAUUGGCAGACGGAGUACCUGAAAGAACUGCAACGAUUGUCUACCAGUAAUCCACUUCGCGUUGAGUUGAAGAUUGGCCAAGUGAUGAUCCUGCAAGACCAACUGCAACCCCUGUACGGUGGCCACUGGUUCGCAUAG